UCGUGGCAGGGAGAGCUUAUAAGUAACCGGAGCACUGGCUUACUAACAGACUGCAACCUCUCCGAAGGAAACAUUCUAUAGGUUGAAUUCCCCAAGGGCAAAACAGAAUUGGAUUUUGUAAAUUAUUCUGUGACCCUCCUGUUUAAAACAUUGACAAGAAUAAGGGGUUUUCAUUUUUCUUUAGUUUCGUUUGUAAUUUUGUUUAGAAAGUAUGUGCUCCGGUGGUUGUGCCAAGUGCCUGGGAAUCACCCUCAUUCCUCUGGCUGUGCUAUGUACUCUAGCUAAUAUUUUGCUGUUUUUCCCCGGAGGAGAAGUUGUCAACAAUAAUGAACACAUCACAGAUGAAGUUUGGUACUUUGGAGGGAUGUUGGGAUCCGGUGUAUUGAUGAUCUUUCCUGCCUUGGUAUUUUUGGGCCUUAAGAAUAACGAUUGUUGUGGAUGCUGUGGUAAUGAAAGCUGUGGAAAGAGGUUUGCGAUGUUUACUUCUAUAAUAUUUGCUGCAGUUGGACUUCUGGGAGCUGGAUACUGCUUUAUUGUGUCAGCAGUUGCUCUAAAUAGUGGCCCUAAGUGUAACGAUGGCAGCAAAUGGCACUAUCCAUUUGAGAAUGGGAAUUAUCUAAGCAACACCACCAUGUGGGACUUGUGCAAAUCACCUGAAAACAUAAUUCCCUGGAAUUUGACCCUCUUCUCCUUGUUGCUGAUAAUGAGUGGAAUCCAAGUAGUGCUUUGUGCUAUUCAGGUUGUCAACGGACUCAUUGGAACAAUCUGUGGGGACUGCACCUGCUGUGGGGGCAAUGGAGCUAUUUAAAGAGAACGAAGCCUGCAGAAAACUCUUCAUAUGAGGAGAAUCCCUUUAGAGGCACUUCUUUUGUAUGUUACUUGGUGAGCCAUGUUCCUCCGCACACACUCUGAGGACGAAGGUCUAGAAUGAGGGGCAUUUCACACUAUUGCUAUGAAGCCCUGACUGCCCUUCACAUGCCAUUUAAAUCCCACCUCCCAGAAUGAAUUAAGUGGCUGUUCAGCUAUUCCACUUAUAUUUAUUUUUGUAAAACAGCUUCCAUCUGAAAAGAGCCUCUUCAGAGUGGACGUUCAUCAUCUCUUAUGAAUUAGCUCGCUGACUGGGGACUGAUGAAUGCUUCUAAUACAAGUUCAGUUGUAAUUUAAUUGUAUCUGUUUCUUUUUGACACUUAUGAAAUGAAAAUGCGACAAAGCUGUAAGUUUCUUUUGGACUCUAGAAUAAAGUUUUAUUUGUUUCUACAUAGAAAAGUGAAGAUUUCUGUGCUCCAGACCUGAGAUCAUUAAAAUGCUCUUUGUAAAAAGA